UCGCUGUUUGUGCAGAUACGCGUGUGAAUUUCAGCCGAAGAAACUUUAAAAAUGGCGGAGACCUGUACAUGGAAAUCACGUGAAGAAACGGGAAAGGAUGCGUAUAUUGUUAAAUUUUCUAAUGGCCUCGUGAGAAAAGCAAAACACCUGGACUUCAAACUCUUCAAACACGAAGAUGGAGUCAACCCCAGAAAGAAAAACAGACGGAUUGUGGUUGCAGAAUCAAACAGACUCCCCUAUGUUGGGAGCAACUUUGGGCCUGGGUCAUCGCAAUGUAAUAAUCUGUGCAGGUAUUUUGUGGGAGUUCUGGACAAGAGCACUAUGCAAAUGAAGGUUCACAAUGCUCAGCUGUUCAAUAUGCUGCCUCUUAUACCAGGUGAAUCCGCAGGAGAUGACAACACAAAGCAAGCUGAGACAUACAGAGAGAAGGUGGAUGCUCUCAUUGAAGCAUUCGGGACGACUAAACAGAAGCGGGCUCUGAGCUCCAGGAGACUCAACGAGGUGGGCAACGAAAUGCUUCAGCAGGCUGUGGCACUGGCUGCCAGCAACGUCAUAGAUCGGAAAGGAGUGGAAGCUCUGCGUAAUGAAGUGAAUGAAAGUGAGGCAAAGACAGAGACCCUCCUCUUCCUCCCCCCGUGCAACACUGCAGCAGAAAAACCAGAAGAUGUAUACCCCUUUGACCAAUUGUUGUCUCCAAUUGAGUUUGAUGCGCUGGAGGAUGUUGGAAUGAAGAUGGCAGCGCUGACCCCUGAAGACUUGCAGAAGAUGAGAGAUGAGCUUGGUCCACAGACUGUUCUUAGACAUCUUGAAUCACUUCCCACUGAGGACGCAGCUCGUGACAGACAGUCUCGUUGUGCCUGGUACCUGUCCUUCCUCAUCAAAGUCUCACUACAGAAACGUAGUGUAUCCUUCAAAUUUGGUACUGAGAAUGGAUGUCCCAAAAUCAUCAACAACAAAGUGCUGAAGAAUUUCACAGUGGAGAGUUUCCACAACGGCCGACUCAGGAACACAGUGUCGACGUCCAUGCGUUUGAAACUGGUUUCUCACUGUUUGGCUUUACUGUUGCACAUGGGUUAUCAGACGGCUAACCUCACACUCUUACACAGAGACAUGGACAUCAGCGAUAACAAAAUGUUGGAGUUGGCCAAGGCCAUGGGACUGACCCUGUCCCGUCAGACUGUCUCAAAUAGAGAAGGGAUACAGGAUGAGCACAGGAUGGCCUCUCUGGUGCUUCCACUGGUGCAUUAUGAUCGACGGGUGGAACGCAAGAAACGCAAGAGGAUGAACUGAGCCGUGGACAGUAGUGCGUUUCUAAGCUGUGUAGAAACCGGCUAUAACUGCAUUUCAUUUAGCAGUUUCACAAAUGUGCUCAAUUUAGUGUUCUUGUAAGAUUGAAUUGGAAAAUAAAAGACACUUCUGUAAAUGGAAA